GGGUGAAAUAACUUUGCCCUCAGAGAAUCUGAAAUCCCUUCUGAAGACUGCUAAUGCCCUGCAAAUAUCUGAUUUAACCAGAUUAGAUGUUUUGGGUAUGACAGCUAUUGACAGUGAAGAUAUAACAUCCUGCAAGACAGAAGGAGUGCAUUCUCAAAGAGCAAAUUCCAUUAAUGAGCACAAGGAGGACAUACCGAGUCAGCUAUCUCUGCCUGUUAUAGCAAGAAAAGAUAAAUUGCAUGACAACCGGGCAGAAUGUGCAUUUCUACUGAGCAGUAGGAAAAGACCAAGAGAAGAGGCUUUCUCGGAGACGGAACUCUUGAUGCCUGCAGAAACCCAAAGCAAGACCCCAAGACUAGCAGAUGAUAACUACUCAGCGACGCCAGAUGAAACUUCAGUGUUGGCAGAGGUCAAGGUGGAAGAUUUUGAAGAGUACGAGGAGCACGAAGGACUAGAGGACUACACAGCAGACGAUUAUAAGCACUGUGACAAGAGUCUUCUGCAGUCUGAACAGUUUCCAGGCAGCCACAGUGACACAGCAUACUCCAUUUCUAUAAAAGAGGAACCAAUCGACUAAAAUAUAAUAAAUACUGUAGUCAGUUCAGGACCAAGUUCCACUAGUCAAACUGACCCACGAUACCUGAGCUUUCAUUAUACAUUCUCAUCCGGGCAUAAUGCAUCGGGAUGGCUUCGAACAGUUUUAGUGGUGCUAUGCAUGUAUGAUUUUAAAGUUUUGAAGAUUGCAGAUUAAACAUAUGGGAAAAGGAAAAAGUACUAGAGUGGAAACAAGGCUUGUGGAAAAACUAGCUUUAAAGAUCAGUGUAGUAGCUGUUAUGUAUCAAAACCUCUUGAAAUGUGCUACUGUGA